AUUUAAAAUGUCACGGAAAAUCGAUAUUUUUUCGCCCUGUUUACAAAUUUUGGCAUAUCAAGUUCCCAAAAAAGAUUCUUUGUUGUAGCAAUUCGCCGAUGCGGCCACCUUAUAAAUACGCUUUAGCCCACCUUUUUAAAUACGCCUUUGAAAUAAUCGAUUGUUGAGUCUUAAAACCGAUUGUUCGAUUUGAAAAUGGGCUUCGACUUUUAGCGAAUAAAAUCGAAAAACCUACUUCUGCGUUGUUCAUAACGCGGGAAAUUUAUGGCAUUGAAGCUACGGUAUAACUUUGGAACUCCAUCAUUUUAAUAUCGUUUCAUUUUGUGUUUUGGCAGUCUUUUGAAACAAAUAUAAGCAAUGGAAGGUUUUGAUGAAGCUGGUAUUUUCUUUUCUGAUAACUUGCUCGGUGAAGGGCAGCAGCAGGAUGGGAACAAUAUUAAUAUGCAAGCGGUUAAAAAAAAGUAUAAGGAUUUCCUGCGUACCUUCAACGAAGAUAAUUUCUUUUAUAAAUAUCGUGAUACUCUCAAAAGGAAUUACCUCAAUGGGCGUUUUUUUUUGGAAGUGGAAAUGGAAGACUUAGCUGGUUUUGACGAGACACUCGCCGACAAAUUAACAAAACAACCAACGGAACAUAUGCAGAUAUUUGAAGAAGCAGCUAGAGAAGUUGCAGAUGAAAUAACAGCACCUCGUCCUGAGCAAGAAGAAAAUGUGCAUGAUAUUCAGGUGUUGAUAAUGUCGAACUCCAAUCCAACAAAUAUUCGUGACAUUAAAUCGGACAGCGUGUCAAGAUUGGUAAAAAUUGCAGGAAUUAUUGUGGCUGCGUCGGGAAUUGAUGCCAAGGCAACACGAAUGUCCAUAAUGUGCCGAUCGUGUCACACAGUAAUUCCGAAUUUAAAAGUGAAUCCGGGAUUGGAAGGAUAUGCUCUUCCUCGUAAGUGUACAACUGAUCAAGCGGGUAGACCAAAAUGUCCCUUGGAUCCUUUUUUUAUUAUGCCUGAUAAAUGCAAGUGCGUCGACUACCAAAUACUCAAGCUGCAGGAGCUGCCCGAUUUUGUACCUCAGGGGGAAAUUCCAAGGCAUUUACAACUAUUUUGUGAACGAUCUCUAUGCGAACGUGUAGUACCAGGAAAUCGUGUGCUUAUACAAGGAAUAUAUUCCAUAAGAAAAGUGGGAAAACCUUCAAGACAAGAUGGACGCGAAAAGGCUGUCGUAGGUGUGAGAGCACCAUACAUGCGUGUUGUUGGAAUCACUGUUGACACCGAGGGUUCUGGAGCUAUUUCACGAUAUAGCAAUAUCAGUACGGAUGAGGAAGAAAUGUUUCGACGAAUGGCUGCCUCGUCAGAUAUCUAUGAACGUCUUUCGAAAUCACUGGCUCCAAGUAUAUUUGGCUCAGACGACAUUAAAAAGGCUAUAACUUGUAUGCUUUUUGGAGGAUCCCGUAAAAGGUUGCCGGAUGGAUUAUGUCGGCGAGGAGAUAUAAAUGUUCUGCUGCUUGGAGAUCCUGGUACAGCUAAAUCGCAGUUGUUGAAAUUUGUAGAGAAAGUAGCACCAAUUGGGGUUUACACUUCUGGAAAAGGAUCUAGUGCAGCUGGUUUAACAGCUUCUGUAAUAAAAGACCCCGCAACGCGCAAUUUUGUUAUGGAAGGCGGGGCAAUGGUAUUGGCGGAUGGUGGUGUGGUCUGUAUAGACGAAUUUGACAAAAUGCGAGAGGAUGACCGUGUGGCUAUUCACGAAGCCAUGGAGCAGCAAACUAUUUCCAUAGCUAAAGCUGGCAUAACAACCACGUUGAAUUCUCGAUGCUCUGUGUUAGCAGCCGCUAAUUCUAUUUUCGGUCGUUGGGACGACAGCAAAGGCGAAGAAAAUAUUGACUUCAUGCCCACAAUUCUAUCUCGUUUCGAUAUGAUAUUUAUUGUAAAAGACGUUCACGAUGAAUCGAGAGAUAUAACUCUCGCCAAGCAUAUAAUUAAUGUUCAUCUGUCAUCUAAUAAGACCAGUUCAGCGGAACAGAAUGAAGGUGAAAUUUCUCUGUCAGUUUUCAAAAAAUAUAUUCACUUUUGUCGCACCCAUUGUGGACCGCGUUUAAGUGAAGAAGCUGGUGAAAAAUUGAAAAGCCGCUAUGUUCUGAUGCGCAGUGGAGCUCACCAACAGGAAAAAUCGGCUGACAAACGUUUAAGCAUACCUAUUACCGUUCGUCAAUUAGAAGCCAUUAUCCGCAUUUCGGAAUCAUUAGCGAAAAUCCAUUUACUGCCAUUUGCGACAGACGAGCAUGUAAACGAAGCGCUACGACUGUUCCAGGUAUCUACUUUGGAUGCGGCAAUGACAGGAACUUUAGCGGGAGCAGAAGGAUUUACAACAGAGGAAGAUCAGGAAACACUUAAUAGGAUAGAGAAACAACUAAAGCGACGCUUUGCUAUUGGAUCGCAAGUUUCGGAACAAAAUGUUGUACAGGAUUUCCUGCGUCAGAGAUAUGAGGAACGUUCAAUACUUAAGGUUAUUCACACCAUGAUACGCCGUGGAGAAUUGCAGCAUCGUAUGCAAAGAAAGAUGUUAUAUCGUUUAUGUUAGUUUUUUUUAUUAUAUUUCUUAUUGAGAAAACGUAAAAGAGAAAGAAACGUAAUUUUUUUUUUUAAAUAAAGUAAAAAUAUUUUCCUGAAUAAAAUCAGACAGUUCUAUUAUCGUU